AUGGUACGCCCAUCAACACCGUCUAUGCAUUGCCCCUAUGUCCAUCACUCGGCGGGAUCCAAAGCAAGACCGGAAGCAGGACUCUGGAUCCCGGAAGUGACAGUCCUACCGAGAGUGAUUGUUCCAGAAUCGAGGACAUGUACUAAAGAAAAGAUUACAUCAUUGUUAGAUUUUGGAGAAGCCUUGGCAGUUGUUGGGAGAAAUCAAACCACGUUUUUAACAUUGCCAAUAGAAAUACUUAGAGUGGUUAUAGAAAAAGCAAAAGAAAAGUCUGUUGUUAAAACAUGUUUGAAUAUGACAACAAAUUGCAUAUAUUUAGCGGAGAAUGCAAAGUCCAAAAUAUACAAAGCCGUCAACGUCUUAUCCAGUACAAACAAGAAUGAGGGAGAUGAAAUAGAAAAAGAUAAUAAAGACCACAACAAUAUUACAGAUAAAAAAGAAGAUGCUAUUAGUGAUGGGGAGAAAAUAAGAGAAUAUGAGUUUUAUAACAGCGGCGACGAUUUAUUUGCAGAAAGCACUGAAAGACAAUGGUGUGGUUCUGGUACUGAUCCACCUGGAUUUUUUUUUCGGGGUCGAGUGUCUGCAAAUCCCUUUGGUAACUCAAUGAUGGCAAGGUUGUUUGGAGUCACACUGGCGGUCAAUAUCAAUGCAUUCUUAACAUAUGACAUUUCUGACGAAAUCGCAGCACUUCCGAAACAUGACAUUAUAGAUCUUAUUGGAGACAUACUUCCCAGUAUAGAUGAGAUGGUGUUACUAAUAAAUACCUUUAUUGACAUCGUUUACGAAAAUACCCAAUCAGCACUCAGAGAACUGACAUUAGAACUAAUUGGUAUCAAAGAAGACUUAGAAACCAUUAUGACUGGAAAUGAACUAUUCAGUGAUUUACCCAAUAUCAUAUCGCCUGUACCAUCACGUGCCAAGAAAAUAAUGUAUAUAUGCAUCGAUCUAGAACAACAACAUGCUGAUGAAUCCACAAGAUUAUCUAGUAGUAGUGUCAACUCGCUUUUCAACUAUGCACAUCAGUUACAGAGUAAUAUUGAACGAUGUGCACUGUUAUAUGUCGAAAACGUGCUGAAAAUAAGAAAAGAUUUCACAGGAGUGGGUCUGAUGUUUCAAGCGAAACUCAAUAUUGCUGCAUUGGACUUUGGAUCAGUUCAGAUUGACAUUGUACAGUCAAACAUAUUAGGGGAAUGCAGUAGAUUCAGUGAUAUGUAUGGUUUGUUUGAAGAUGAUAAGUCUACAAAGGGUUUAAUUAAAUUGUCUCACAGCAUAAAAUACAAAAGACUGACACUAGGCCCCAAUUUGGGUGGUGCAUUUGCUCUUGCACCAAAUACAGACGAAUUUUUGUUUCAUUUUUUUGGUGGCGUCAAUAUUCUUCGCAAUUUUGACGAAGUGAAUGUGUUUAUCACCAACGAGAUAAUUCGUUUUCAAGUUGAUGGUUUUAUUUGGAUUGUAUGUUAUGCAAGUUUAUAUGCUCAAGCAUCUGUUUUUUUCCUUGGUCUGAACAAAGGUGGACAGUACGAGGGGAAUUUGGCUUUGGACACCAUUGACUGUGACUCUGGCUUUUAUCAACAAUCAAUUGGUGACCUAUUUAAGUGUUUUCCAUGCCCAGCUGGAAGCUAUCAGCCUGACAUUGGAAGUGCGACUUGUCUGCCUUGUCCUGAUGGAUAUACCACUUAUGAAGAAAAUGCAGUUGACCUUGGUGAAUGUAACUUGUCGUUAUUAGUAGAUGGUGUUACAACAUCUUACACAACAAUCGACGUAGUUGAUCUAAACGAAUCUGAUAGCGCUGUAGAAGCUGUAAACGUGGUGGUAAUUAUAGCAGUCAGCUGUUCCGUUGUUAUGACAAUAGUAAUUGUGGCAGUAGUUCUUAGUAUCGUUGCUUAUUGUAUCAGGAAGAGACAAAAAGUUGGAAUAUUUAAGCCUAAAGAAAUCAAAGCAUCGCAUUGCACAACACUACGAUAA